AUGUCGCAGGAAGGUCAGGCCGUCCUAAAUGUGAGUGAAGGUUCCUCUGUGACAAACCUGACCCUGGUCGUGCUCCUGCUCAUUCCCUGCGUGGUCCUCCUGCUCCUGCUCAACUGUCUCCUCCUGGGCUACAAGCUGCUGAUCCUCUCCAGGAGGCGCCGGCGGGAGGACGCGAUGGUGCGCCUGCAGAGGCUCAGGGAGAUGUCGGACGUGUCCUCGCUGCAGGACGUGAGGACAUCUUACAUGUCUCUGUCCGAGCCUGUCCCUCCUCAGCCCGUCACCUCCUCCAGAGCUUCGUCCAGGGCUCCUCCGCAGGAUCACCGGAUCCGGCUCCUGCGGCCCGACGGUGCUACCGGUUCGUGCUCCGUGAGGGCACCGAGCACCAUCCGGACCGCUUCUUCGUUUCCGGCUGCUCUCGGCGGCUCGACGCCGGACCUGCAGCCCGGUUCACGGACUUACAGGAAGAGGAAGAACCGGUGUCAAAGCGCCCCGGUGUUGCCGCGGUCCAGUUAUUCCGAGGCUGAAAGCAGAGUCGACCUUGUUCCACCCAACUCUCCCACACAUUUUACAGGUGAUGUCCAUCCGAGCAGUGCUUACACAUUUCUGACCGACUCAGACAGAAGUGCUGCAAAGCAUGUGUUUGACAAAGUAGACCAAGAGUACAGGUACAGCGAGGUGCCUUCACAGUCAUCCUGCUUCAACAUGUCUGCGGUGGGGACCGGAUUGGACAGUGACUUUGGAGCAAGUGCAGGUGUGUCUCUACGGAUUUUGUCAGCAGACAGUGACGGUCUGUCUAACGGCAUUCUGGCGUCAGCUUUGGAGUGGGAUUAUUAUGACCCGUGCUACGUCAAACAGAAUCAUGUGCAGAAACAGAACUAUACUAGACCUGCAAUGCACACUAAACAGUACUGGGUGUGAUUGUGUGUAGUGUUUAGUUUUUGUACUUUUUUUGUUUUUAAUAUUUAAUAAGUGUUUUGUUUUU